AUGCCAAACAGUGCCAAAAAGUCGGACGGUGCCAGCAGCACCAGCUCAACGCCGAAGCGAACGCGAAAGCGGCGCCGCAUUGACCGAAACAGUCUCGACUCUCAGGUGGACGAUGAUGCCAAGGAAAUAGAUCGCCGGCUGCGGAAGGUGGCUCGCGACAAUUCCAUUAGCAGCGAAGAUAUGCACAAGGUGGUGCGCAGUGUGGUUCGCAACGAUCAUGUGCUCGCAUUAGUCACCUUGAAGGCGGAGGAUGAGAUGGCCAGGGAGAAGCUGGAGUCGGCCGAGCAGCAAAAACGUGGUGCCAUCAUCAUCACAGAUACUCCGUCGGUGGCCAAGCUUACCCGUGCGAAGGCGAGAGAGCUGAAUUGCACUCCAAGCAUUAGUCUGCCUUCCCUGAACGAUGCACCGGCCGACGCCAACGGAAUAGAGGCGCUGAUACGCGACGAUUUUCACUCCGACGAAGAGGAUGAGGAGUAUACCUUCAAGGAAGACGACUUCCACGAGUCUGACGACGAUCCAAACACCACUGCCUCUGACUUGGACUCCAAUCCCUGCACACCAAAUACUCCGCUCACUAACACUGAAGAGUCGCCUGUCAAGCUCUCAGAUGAUGGAUGCUUCAAGGUGCCGCUUGACAAAAAUAUUGCUGGCAAUGAAGACCUUCGUAUUGCCACGCGGACGCGUUCCAAACUUUGUCUGCAGGAGACUACUAUCGAGGACUUGCAGUCGGGAUUUGUUCCGCCUGACUUGGAGCCAAGUGAUACAUUCGAGCCCGACAUGACGGCUACUGAUGCCGACUGGAUGCAGUUCCUUAACGAUUUUACAAAGCCUUUGAAUAAUAACUUUCUCGGUGAUGACGACGAUCUCAUAGAAGAUCCGGAGUAUGUGGCUGCUGACCAUAUUGAUUCGGAGUAUGAAAACGCUGAGGAGCUGCGUGAUGUUAAUAUAUCGAAGAAGGAGCUCACUGACUUGGUCUCAGAACUAUUUGCCGGCCUCCUUCAGGAGGGAGUAUCAUUCGAAUCCGUUGAACUGGAAACCCCACAGAAAUUCUUGGAUAGCGCUAUUACGAUUGACCCCAUUGAUCAGGUAUCGCGGCAUAUCGAUUUUGAUGAGCAGCCAGCUAUUAUGGCCCACCAGCCAGUAGUGGAUUCCUUUCAACCGAGUGUACUACCCACACCUUGUAUGGAGAAUAAUAUGGCCAUGUUAAUGCCCGUUCCCGUUGCUGUGCCGCAGGAGGCGGAUGCGAAUGAGCCCCCAGAGCUGAUUGCCGUUCCGGUGGAUGGUCAACCCAAUUGCUUCCAGCUGGCGAAGGUUAUUGCAAAUGGUCCACCCCUUUACAAUCCUCCUGAGCCAGAUCCCUUCCUAGACUACGCUGCCUCAGAGCAGUCGGAACCGCCUACAUCAUCCAAAUACAGCAAGGAUCGUUAUAUGAAGCCCUACGAUACAAAUUUCACGUGGGAGUACAUCUCGGUUCGCAAGCACGUCUUCGCGGAGUACGAUGAACAGUUCGAAAACCUGCGAAACAUCCAACCAGCCUCUCCCACUGUCAGUGGCAAGGGAUUCACCAAGUAUCAGCACGAUACGCUGCAACAGCAGCUGCGUAUACACACUCAACUGCUUACCCAGAGCUACCUGCAAACCUACUCGCAUCCCACACUCUAUUCCAUGGCCAAGAAGCCCAAGGAAAUGCUGGAGAAUCUUCAUCAGAGGGCUGCCACAGACGCCAGCUUCAAUUGCUGGAACCUGAAGGAAGCCGUUGAGCUGGUCCGACAGUGGGAGCACGAUCUCAGUAGCGAUGACUUCCAGGUGGAGAACAAAAAGAUGAUGGACUUUAUCAACAAAGAGACGGACUUGACAGAUGGCCGAACGCGGCAGGUACCUCGCCUCGCUCCUAGGAUAAUGGAUCUCAUGCUGGACAGUCGAGUAUUCAUGUAUCCGCAAUAUAUGCCUCGCAUGGCCUUUAAGCCGCGCAUGCAGCACAUAAGCGCCUACGCUCCGUCCGAGUACCAACUGAUAGCCAUGGGCCUGGAGAAGCAUAUGACUGACAUCAGGAACUCCAAGAGACCUCUGCGCAAAAGCUCCGAUCCUGUGCGCAUUGCCUGCAGGCGUAUGGCCAAGGAUAGGCUUCAUGGGAAGUCGGGCAAACGAAUUUUCUUCAAGGUUAACGAGCUGCGCGAGAUGUAUCAGUAUAAUCCUGUCAAGUAUUACUUCGAUCACGAGCGGGCACCGCCCAUCAACCACAUCCUGCUGGGCUUCGAGGGAGGUCAAGUGCUGACGCCUCGUGAACGCUACCAGGAACUGCCCAGUGCCUGGCAAUACUACAUGCAGAAAACUUGGGAAAGGAAACGUGCCAGGCGCACUGUAAAGCCAGCCAAGGCUUCUGCUGUAGCCAGUGCAUCGUAUAUUGAAUUUGUGCGGGAGGCAAUCGGUGAAGAUUUGCAAUUGCCCGAGAGUCUAGGCGAGGCUGCCAUCCCAGACGGGGGUGCCACUGUUUCAGCACUCAUAGAGCCACCAAACAAGUCGCAAACGAAGCGAAAAUCCGCAGCUAAAAAGAAGGGACGUCAAUCAUCCUUGCUGACCAUCAAUGUUAACUAUGUGUUUGGCGGCGGAACAGAUACGGACAUACGCGGAGCUGGUGUCUCCGUUCCCUUCCAGCAGGGAAACUUGGCCGACAAUGUGGUGAACAUUAAUCGUUCGCUACACACCAGCGCCGAAUGCAGUCGCGUGCUGGCUCUGCCUUCACCGCCUCCUCCCUUGGGCGAAGAUGCACCUCCUGCCAUCAACUACACGGUGGAUGUGUUGACGAAUUCUGUGAAUAUAAACGAGUCUGAAAACUCAGAAGAGGCAGAAACUACGCAGCAGGAUUUGUUGCUUGCUUCCCCGAUAGGCAACGAAAGGAACUCAUUUACAAGGACAGGCAGAAACUGCAAAAGGGCGCGCUAUCAAAUAUUUAAGCCAAGGAUUAAGUCGCGCAAUAAGCCACGUCCCUCCAGCCUAUCCCCGCCACAGAGUCGCUACCACAGUUUGCGCAAACGCUUGCGCUAUAAACUGCAGAAGCGCUGCCAUCGCCUAAUCACCUCCUACGCGUCCUACCUGCGGAAGGAAACCGAAAGGUACAAGGCCUGUGAGCCUGUACAGAUCGUCCACAGACACUUUCUGUCCCUCGAACUAUACACACUGAUGCUCGGUGACUUGAAAAUGCUGUGCAACAACAAGGUGCAACCCUCGACAUCGACGCAGCAAAAACGAUCACGAGACGAUCAUGAAACUGCUCGCAUUCGCAAGGCCAACCGACAGGAGGAACUUCUCCGGCACAUGCUGAAGCCGGAUGGAUCCGAAGAACAAAACCGCAACGAUGCCAUUUUUGCCUACAAUUUCUAUGACAAAGUGGAGGAGGCCUUGCUGAAUGCGGACCGGGUGGAGGAUUGCAAGAAAUUCAAUAAAUUGCUGCAGAACUUUGAUCCCCAGCAUGACAAAGUGUCCGAUUUAUAUCUGAAAGUGGAAAAUCUACUCUUGCCAGAUUAUCCCGAAUUGGCAGAGGUAUUCCUCAACUUUCUGCUACCUGCGGAGGCUGCUGAAUUGGGGAAAUUCUUCCAGCACUUUAUGAUCAGCAAUGCCAGCAAUUUUAUCAACAAACUGAAUAUAUAUUUCUGCAAGCAGCCCGCCCAGAUAAGAAAGAUCUAUGCAUGCCUCAGCGAGCUGGCCGAGCUGCCCAGUGUGAGCAUGAAGAAGGUGGAAAAUAAGAUUAUGCCCUUGCUCAAGGGCAAUCAGUUUCUGUGCGAUUGGUUUGUGCGGCAAUUCCCUCAGGGCAAGCCCCCGAAACGAAUGAUGCCCCCUGUGGAAACGUUUAAUCUGAACGAGCUGCAGCACAACACAACCGGCGAGUAUACAGAGACUGUUCACGAUUACGCGGACCCUGUGACGCAUCCGAAGCCUCCAGCAGCAUGCAGAUUGAAGUACAUCAAUGGACGUAUGUUCUAUGGCUCCAAAAUCCUGCUACCCGCCAAACUCUCCUUCAUGGCUGCCAGCAUCUACAACGAGCAAUUGUACGAUUUGCCAGCCGAUUCUGCCGAUGCCCUGACCUGUGUCCAUGGCAUUCGGGAGCACGGCGAGAAGCUGCUGAGCCUGGCUACGUCGGUGGACAGUGACGAUGCGGCUGACCGGAGUGAAGAAGAUGAUGCGAGUCGUGGUCUGAUCAUUGACACAACUGGCGACGAGCAGAACAGUAGCUCCUCUAUCGAGAUGUGCGACGAUGUGACAUUGAAAGCUCAUGCCGUGCGCCUGAAUGCCAGCCUUUAUAGCAAUCAAAACUUUGGGGCGACCAGUACGCCCAAUGCCAACCAUUCCCAGGGACAUCAUCCGAAUGCCAGGAAAACGGCCAUCAACUUUGGCGAAAUGUCGCCACGCAAACAGGCGAAUAGCUCUGGAUUGAGUCCGUUGUCGGGUCUGUCCCCACACCUGGACAAACGAAAAUCGCCCACAAAGAAAGUACGCUCUCCUCAGAGCCAGUCGCAGCCUAAGCCCCGCUACAAUGUUGCGCCAAUGGUGGUAAUCCAUGAGUCUCGGGCGCCACCCUCGCCAGCCAUUGAGUGUGCCAAACGUUUGCGCACCUUGAUCGACCAGGAAAGUGCCCGCGAUGCCACGGAUAACAAAGCUGGUAUCCGCGUCAUUGCCCUGGCCAAGCAGAAGCCAACAGCAACACUCUCUGUGCCCAAAGUGGAGCCCGACAACCAGGAUGAACGGGAGUUCCUGUCGGACAGUGGCGGAAGCCUGGCCAUGUCCAUCUCCCCGCAGUCUUUUAGCCCCGUCAAAAUGGAUUUGGGACAGUCGGAAGAGGAGGAGCUGGAGCCGCUCCGUGUGAGUGCUGGCAAUACCCCCCAGCACAUGAUCACGACACAGUUCGACAGUGACGAGGACUGCAAACUGGAUGUGGUAGCCAGUCUGGCAAACUUCUCAACCGCUGAGGACGCGUCCGCUGGCUCUCCAGCCUCAGUGGCCGCCAGCACAUCAAAACCUGCAUCACCACCCUACAGAUUAACCAAGUCAUCGCCGUGGACGCGCGAAGAAGACAAGGUCAUUCUCACCGAAAUGAAAAUGGGGGCACGUGAUCGGGAGCAGCUCAUUAGGCGGAUACGUGCCAAGCUUAAGCAUCGAAAUUUCAUCGAGCUGCGUACCCGACAUCAGUUCCUCAUGGACUUUCUGUCUAAGCUGCAGGGUAAAUAGGGGAAGAACGCGCCUCUGUGUCUUGUAUUAUACACCAAACUGAAUAAUUAUUUUACUACGAUUAUGUUGGAAGGAUCUUUUACGGCCACAGCUAUGUCGGCUCUCCCUAUGAUUACGUUAACCAUGAGUUUCCCACUAUCGUUAAGACUGUUAACAUUGGAAAAUAAAAUGUUUUUAAUAUAAACCCAAA